AUGGGGCCCUGGAGUCGGGUCAGGAUGGUCAAAUGCCAGAUGCUGGUCACCAGCUUCUUUGUCUUGCUGCUGGGCCUCUCUAUGGCCACCUUGGCAGCCCUCACCUACUACGGGGCCCGCUUUGCUGUCAUCGGCCACGCAACCUCAGACAAGACCCCGUACGAGGCCAUGCACCGCUGGACCUUCUACACCGGCAUCAGCCUGGCCGGGCUCCUGACAGUGGGCGCCGUGCUGGGUGCUGCAGCCACCAUGAGGGAGGCGGGAGGCCUCAUGGCUGGGGGCUUCCUGUGCUUUGCCCUGGUGUUUGGUGCCCUGGUGGAGGUGGCCUUCUGGAGAUUCCACAACCCCACCCAGGUGGAGGAUGCUGUUUUGGACACUUACGACCUGGUGUAUGACCAGGCGGUGAAGAACGUGUCUGGCACCCCACAGCAGCAGCUGGUGGCCAUUCAGGACACGUUCCUGUGCUGUGGCAAGAGCUCUCCUUUCAGCCUCCUGGGGGACCUGGAGGUCAGCCUGUGUCAGGGAGAGGAGGCAGCCAGACAGGACUGCCUGGUGGGGAUCAGGAGCUUCCUGAGGAUGUACGGAAACAUCGCCUCCAUCCUGACCGGCAUCGGCCUCGCCACCAUGGUGUACGCAAUGCUGCUCAGCUCCUUUCUCUGGUUCGCCAUCCGCUCUGGCUGCAGCUUGGACCGCAAGGGCAAGUACACGCUGAGCCGGAGGUAAGCCCCCCGCCUGCCCACACCCCACCUCAUCCCCCCAGGGGCAGAGGCCGGCCGCAGGUGGAGGGGGCUGGGUGCUCAGGCUGGCUCCCUGGCCCGAGAGCACUGGCCCUGCCCACCUCUGGGAUG